AUCAACCCUUCGGAAACGAAGACGAAGAAGAAGAUGAUGAUGGCCGAGUGUCUCUACAGUCGAGCGAUGCAACUUUUCCCAAAUCCCAUGCGCUAAAUCCCAAUGGAGGUCACGUUUUACCACCUCGAGGUCCUUUCCUCCCACCGCAAGAAACCAGUUUCGGGAACGGCGACGACGACACCAGCAAAAGGAAAGGCGGAGGAGUAGGCAGUACAGAGAAAAAAAAAGAAAAGAGGCCUUCUUCGCUGUUUUAACUGGGAGAGCCUCUGACAACUCCGCUCCCCGCGCUCCCGAGUCCAUGAAUCGGCGAGAAUAAGUUUCUGCAGGCGUAAAUAUCAAGCUCGGCUCGCGGAAAGAACCCCAUUCCUUCCUCCCUGGUUCAGCGAGCACUGUGGACUGUGAGGCAUGGAGUCAAACCAUGCAUUCACCCAUCCUGCGUUCCAGCCUCCGCCUCUGACUUGACUCUUGCUCUUGGAAUACUUCUCCUUGCUGGCCCCGUUCACCACCAACUCAUCACCACAUCCAUGCCUCUUGCCGCAGUACUUUAUUCACAGCUCGCUGCACUCUCAUGAACAUGACCUCGACAAGCUGAGAUUAAUUUCCGGAACCCUCCUUCCCCCAUGUCUCCUCCUCUCUUCUCUCCCUUUGGAACCCUGAAAUGACUCAUCAUUGGCUGUUUCUACUGUCAAAUUAGGCUUUUUUGUUCACUCUCUUGCACGUAGUGAGAGAGACUGCGAAGUAGAGAAGCGAUAGGGGGGAGAAGGAGAGAGAAAAAGCCACUUAGUAGUAGAUGGGCAUCCCCAGAGCCCACCACCGCCGCCACUCUUCUCCUCCUCCAAGCUAUUCAUUCGCAUUUCCACUGCUAAGAGUAGCCCUCACCCUCACAGUACUCUGCCUUGCCCGCCUGUCACCAGCCGCCGCCGGCAGCCUCUACAACCUGGUCUACAAGGGCUGCGCCAACCAGACGUUUUCCGGUGGAGGCGCUGCCUACGGCCAGACCCUGGCCGCCCUCUCCUCCUCCCUGACCGCCAAGGCCUCCAACUCCAAGUUCUACAAGACCACUGCCUCUGCCUACGGCGGCCAGUCCAUCUUCGGCCUCUUCCAGUGCCGCAGCGACCUCUCCCCCUCCGACUGCUCCGACUGCGUCGGCCGCCUCCCCCCCAUGUGGUCGUCUCUCUGCGGCGACGCCGCCGCCGCACGCGUCCAGCUCGCCGGAUGCUACGCUAUGUACCAGGUGUCCGGCUUCCCGCAGGUCUCCGGCACCCAGAUGCUCUACAAGACAUGCGGGUCCGGCGGAGGCGGGGCCGACUUCGAGGUUAAGCGGGACACGGCCUUCAGCCAGCUCCAGAGCGGCGUAGCCGGCGGGCAAGGGUUCUACGCCACCAGCUAUGGAUCCGUCUACACCAUGGCGCAGUGCGAGGGCGACCUUUCCACCGGCGACUGCAGCGAUUGCGUGGCCCAGGCCAUCCAGAAGUCGGAGGUAGAGUGCGGCGGCGCCGCCUCUGGCCAGGUCUACCUCGACAAAUGCUACAUUAGCUACAGCUACUACGCCAAUGGCGUCACCACCGCCGCCGGCGGCGGCGGCGGAGGCAGCGUUCGAGGGCAAACAGGGAAGACAGUGGCCAUAGUGGUGGGAGGGGCAGCAGGAGUGGGCUUCUUCAUCAUCUGCCUGUUGUUUGCCAGGAGUGUGAUGAAAAAGAAAGAAGAUUAUUGAAGGUUGGUGGGUGACAGGCGGGGAAGUGUAAUGGUGGGGGAGUGGGAGGGGUGCCUAUGUACGCUUGUCCUUUGUCAAGGGUUAAUGGUGAGUGGUGGUGGUGGAUGUUUGUCUUCUAUGUGGG